AUGGAUUGCUGCCUAAAGUGCUCUUCCUUCAUUGUAGUCUCUUUCAAAAAGCUUUCAAACAGGAUGGCAUGUUUCAAAAAACCUGAUCACUUAGUUGAACCCAUCCUCACUGCUGGUGACAUUGACCUAAGCCUUUUAUACUUACUUCAUCCACCAUUAUCAUUCUCUAAGACAUUUAUCAGUUAUUAUCUUGGCCUGGACAACUGUAUGAAAGCCCUACCCCUUGUCAUACUUUUCCCAUUGUUUAAAAGGUGCUUCUCUGUCAAUGACUCCUUUUGGGCUGUACUUGGAAUUUUAUCAAAAGCCUUUGGAUGCAUUCUUUUUGGAUCAAGCCAUGUCCUCUGGCUUGUAUUUUGUGUUCCCUUUGUGAAAAUAUUUCAAGGUUUCCCUUCUGCUGUUGUCAGAUCCUUGCUAUCUUCUAUUGUUGAAAAUGCAGAACAAGGUCAGCUAUUUGCAAUUGUAGCUUCCAGUGAGAGCAUUAUUUCUGUGUUGGCUUCACUCACAUUCAAUACCCUCUAUGCAGCAACGGUUGACAUCAACCCUGGAAUCUCGUUUUAUGUUUCAGCUGGAAUUGCGUUUAUUGGAGUUAUACUGGUUUUCAUAAUUUGGAGACAUUCUGGUAAAGACAUCAAAUAUGAACAUUUCGUGGAGGUGACAGAAAGCACAGAGCAAUCAGACGAAAUUUCUAGCGAAGACAAAAUAUCAUGA